AUGGGGAUGACAGCCACUCUGCUAAUUCUCCCUCUGCAGAUCCCACUCACCCCGCUCCAGCCACCAUCAGAGCCACCAGCCUCCCCCUCCCUGAAUGCUGCUGAAGGACCAGCCACCUCGCUGCCUCUGGGACACUGUGCUGGACAGAGAGAGGUGUGUUGGGAGCAACAGCUGCGGCCAGGAGGCCCAGGCCCCCCACCUGCCCCACCCCCAGCGCUGGAUGCUCUGUCACCGUUUCUUCGCAAGAAAGCCCAGAUUUUGGAGGUGCUGCGAGCCCUGGAAGAGACGGAUCCUUUGCUUCUGUGCUCACCUGCCACUCCUUGGCGGCCCCCAGGGCAGGGUCCCAGCUCCCCAGAGCCCAUCAAUGGCGAGCUGUGUGGCCCACCCCAGCCUGAGCCCUCAUCCUGGCCCCCCUACUUGCUACUUGGCCCUGGUAAUCUAGGAGGCCUACUGCACUGGGAGCGCCUCUUGGGAGGCCCAGAGGAGGAAGAAGGUGCUAGGCAGCCCUGGGGUCCUAGUAGGGCCCCUCCACCAGCCCAGGGCCCUAACUCUGGUCCACACUGUGCCCCAGGCAGCAGCUCCUCCUCCUCUUCUGACGAGGCAGGUGAUCCCAAUGAGGCGCCCAGCCCUGAUACCCUUCUGGGUGCCCUGGCCCACAAACAGCUGAACCUGGGCCAACUUCUUGAAGACACAGAGACUUACCUACAGGCCUUUCUGGCCGGGGCUGCAGGCACACUCAAUGGAGACCACCCAGGUCCUGGGCAGUCAACCUCCCCAGACCAGAGGCCCCCACAACUGUCCAAGUUCAAAGGCCUCCCGAAGUCAGCUUGGGGUGGGGGCACCCCAGAGACCAACAGGCUGGGCUUUGGUGCUACCUCAGAGGGCCAGGGGCCCCUCCCCUUCCUCAGCAUGUUUGUGGGUUCAGGGGAUGCCCCACUGGGCUCACGUCCUGGCCACCUCCACUCCUCAUCUCAGGUGAAAAGCAAGCUCCAAAUUGGGCCCCCUUCUCCUGGGGAAGCCCAGGGAUCCCUUCUGCCCUCUCCAGCCCGAGGUCUCAAAUUCCUUAAGCUGCCUCCAGCCUCAGAGAAGAUCCCCAGCCCAGGAGGCCCCCAGCUUAGCCCGCAGCUCUCCAGGAAUUCCCGAAUCCCCUGUCGCAAUAGUGGAUCAGAUGGCAGCCCUUCCCCACUGCUGGCACGCAGGGGUCUGGGUGGAGGAGAGCUGUCCCCUGACGGGGCACAGGGCCUGCCCAACAGCCCAUCACCAUGCUCCAUGAUCCCGGACUCUGCACAGCUCAGACCCCCCCAGUCAGCCUUGUCCACCACACUGUCCCCAGGAUCAGUGGUGUCUCCCUGCUAUGAGAAUAUCCUGGACCUCUCCCGGAGCACCUUUAGGGGACCUUCCCCAGAACCACCUUCAUCCUCACUGCAGGUGCCCACCUACUCAGAGCUGACUUUGGAGGUACCACAGGCCUCAGAGGUCCUCAGAAGCCCUGGAGUCCUCCCCAGCCCUUGCCUCCCAGAAUCCUGCUCCUAUGGGAGCCCCCAGGAGAAGAGUCUGGACAAGACAGGCUCUGAGUCACCCCACCCUGGCCGCAGGACCCCAGGUAGCUCAUCCAAGAAGCCUAGCCAGGGGUCAGGACGGCGACCUGGGGAUCCUGGCUAUAUACCUCUGCGGGACAGACUAGCAGCCCUGGGGAAACUGAAGACAGGCCCCGAGGGGCCUCUGGGUCCAGAGAAGAAUGGGGUGCCAGCCAAGCCUAGCACUGAGAAGUCCCGGGGACCAGGGAGGUCAGGGGAGAGUACUGGAGACAUGGUUCCCCCCACGACCAGACCCCUUGAGCAGCCAGAAGCUAAGGGGGUCCUGCGGGGAGCAGUGGCCUUAGGUACAAGCAGCCUGAAGCAGCAAGAAUCUGGACUUGGGGAUCCUGGGGCCCGAGUCUACUCCUCCCACUCCAUGGGGGCCCGGGUGGACCUGGAGCCUGUCUCACCAAGGAGCUGCCUCACCAAAGUGGAGCUGGCCAAGAGCCGGCUGGCAGGGGCCUUGUGCCCCCAGGUGCCCCGAAUCCCUGCAAAAGUGCCAACCUCAGCCCCCAGCCUGGGCAAGCCCAGCAAGAGCCCUCACAGCAGCCCUACAAAGCUACCCUCCAAGUCACCCACCAAGGUGGUGCCCCGACCUGGGGGCCCCCAAGUCACCAAGGAGUCCCCCAAGCUUGAUAAGGGGAAGGGCCAACCUUGGGCAGACUGUGACAGCUCCACAGGCCAGCCCACAUCCCCAGUACCUGGCUCAGCUGACCCAAGCCAGGGACCUGAGGGGCCGGCCCCUCACUCAGCCAUCGAAGAGAAGGUGAUGAAGGGCAUUGAGGAAAAUGUUUUGCGGCUCCAGGGCCAGGAACGGGCACCAGGCUCUGAGGCCAAGCACCGCAAUACCAGCAGCAUCGCCAGCUGGUUUGGCCUUAAAAAGAGCAAGCUGCCAGCGCUAAACCGUCGCACAGAGGCCACCAAGAGUAAGGAAGGGGCCAGCGGGGGCUCCCCACACCGGAAGGAGGUCAAGAUGGAAGCCCGGAAGUUGGAGGCUGAGAGCCUCAACAUCUCCAAGCUUAUGGCUAAGGCGGAAGACCUGCGCCGAGCGCUGGAGGAGGAAAAAGCCUAUCUGAGCAGCAGAGCUCGCUCACGGCCGGGGGCCCCAGCCACAGGGGCCAGCCCAAGUCUGGGGCAGGUGCAAGGCCAGUUGGCUGGCAUGUACCAGGGUGCGGACACCUUUAUGCAACAGCUGCUUAACAGGGUGGAUGGCAAGGAGCUGCCGCCCAAGAGCUGGCGAGAGCCCAAGCCUGAGUAUGGGGAUUUCCAGCCAGUGUCCACUGACCCCAAGAGCCCCUGGCCUGCCUGUGGGCCCAGGAAUGGCCUGGUGGGCCCACUUCAGGGUUGCGGAAAACCUCCCAGAAUGCCUAGCAGCGAGCCAGGCGGACGAGAAGAGAUGCCUUCGGAGGACAGUCUGGCAGAGCCAGUGCCCACCGCACACUUCACAGCCUGCAGCUCCUUGACUCGAACCUUGGACAGUGGCAUUGGAACCUUCCCGCCCCCAGAUCAUGGCAGCAGUGGGACCCCCAGCAAGAAUCUUCCCAAGACCAAGCCACCACGGCUGGAGCCCCCACCAGGGGUGCCCCCAACUCGGCCCCCAGCCCUUACCAAAGUCCCUCGCCGUGCACACACACUGGAGCGGGAGGUGCCAGGCAUAGAGGAGCUGCUGGUGAGUGGGCGGCACCCCAGCAUGCCAGCCUUUCCCGCGCUGCUCGCCACUACUCCAGGCCACCGAGGCCAUCAGACCUGUCCUGAUGAUCCCUGUGAACACCCAGGCCCUGCUCCUCCUGUCCAGCUGGCUAAAAACUGGACCUUCCCCAACACCAGGGCAGCCAGCAGCUCCACUGACUCCUUCUUAUGCCCACCCCGGCAGCUGGAGGGGCUGCCCAGGAACCCCAUGGCACUGCCCGUGGACCGAAAGCGGAGUCUGGAGCCCAGCCACCCAUCCUCUAUGCCCCAGGGCCCAGCAUUUGGGGGCAGUCGCACCCCCAGCACAUCGGAUAUGGGCGAGGAAGGCAGAGUGGCCAGUGGGGCUGCUCCAGGGCUGGAGACCUCGGAGUCCCUCAGUGACUCACUCUAUGACUCAUUGUCCUCCUGUGGGAGUCAGGGCUGAGGGGCUAUGCCCACCAUAAACCCCUCCAGAGGUGGGGACUCCAGACUGGACCUGCUCUUCAUGCCCCAUGGCUCAAAGCCAGAGAGUCCUCCCUGAAGGGACCAAGGACGCAGGUGGAUGAGAAGGUGACAGGGGUCCCUGACAUACUCCACCGCUGCUGUGGAUGAGAUGACCAUGCUCAGCUCAGGGAGAGACCCCACCCUUGGUCCCUUCACUCACCCAGAGUAAGGCUCAUCCUUUAAGGGACUUGGGGGGGGUUUCAAGGCCACUCUUUCCAGCCCUCCUAGCUCCCACUUCAGGCUGAGCCAUCUUGUGGUGCUGGGCUUCCUGCCCACCAGCUGUGCCAUCUCUGCCCAACCUGGCUGCUCCCCUGCUCCAAAGCCCCCAUGGGGCCACUAUGAAGGCCCUGUGCCAGUGGGGUUUGGGGUUGAUGGGGACAAGUUGCCUUUUCUCUCUGCCCUGGUCCUUCCUGCUGUCUGGAUGGUGCUGCCCUCCCCUGCCCCAUGUCUUUGGGGUCUGUCUUUUUGUUGUUUUUAUAUUAAAGCGCCUGCCCAGUCCCCACCCCCCAACCCGCACUGCAGUUAAUUUAUCUGUUAAAAAUGCGGCUGCUCUGCUUCCAGCCUCUGCUUCUGCAGUAUCCCUAAUAAACAUGGAGGCCCUUCUCUUCCUUGA